AUAAUGAUAUCAGCAAUAAACGUAACGAAGAGACAAAGACAGUUAAGGAGGCGAAAGUCGGAGGUGACAGAAAGAGUCAACUGAAUGAACAUCAAAUUAAGGAAAUUCGAAAUGCGGAGG